CUCCCAUUUCUCCCUCGCUCUCUCUCUCUCUCCCAGCUGCAAUUCCUGCAUUUCCGGCGAAUUUCGUCAUAUCUCGGCGGAGCUCCGACUGUCUUUUCCUCUUUUUAGGCGAUUAUCGUUCCGAGAUUUGCUUGGUUCCGUUGAUUUAGUUGAAAUCCUGCAUUUUCCGCUUUUCGUCAGUUCACGGCGAGCUCUGUCUUUCCCUCCUUCCCGGCGAUUCUUAUUGGGAACAGAUCUUUACGGAAAUUUGCUAUUUUUGUCUUCGGAGAAACAAGUUUUGAAAUUCCGGUAAAUUUCUGGCGGUUUUUAUCCAUUUCUUGCAGUGUUUGCCUUUAUCCGGCGAGUUUUAGCCUGCAGAGUGGGUUUUUUGGUGAUCUGGCUCGGUGAUUCGUUCGGAUCUUGGAUUUCUCCUUCUCUGAGAAAUCCGUGACCUGAAAGUACAGAACAAUCUUCUUUUUCUGCUAAAUUAUCAGCGUGUUUUAUCCGUUUUCAGUGCUUUACGCUGCUUCGAGAAGCUUCUUCGCUCUCUUCCCUUAGGCUCUGCUACUGAGGGUUUUUGUUGUUUCUAGAAGCUUUACGACGGUUUUUGCGGCGUUAAAUUCGCUGCGGACGAACUCUUUUGUUCAAAUUUCCGUCGAAACUCGUCAGAUUCCGGUGAAUUCAGUACAUUUCUUGCCGUCUCCGGUGCUAUAACAGCUUCUCGAAGCCUUUUCCCAGCUUAUUUUAGCAUCCGCUCUGCUCAACCUGAAAAAAGUUGAAAACUCUUCUUGUUUCUCCGAGCUUUCUUGUAGUUUUCCAUCCAGGCGCGUUUUAGCAUUACGCCCCGGCGUAUUUUAGCCUCUGCCACGCGCAUUUCGACCCGAAUCAUCUCGCAUUUCUCUCUCCUCCUCUGUGAAGCAAGCGAGAAUGGACUGAAAUUUCCGCCGUUGCCCCUCUAUUUUCCAUUAAAUUCCACUUUUACCUCUCUGCUGCAAAGAAAACCAAAAGGCUAAUGGCGUCUUCUCAGAAUCUGUCGAGUCUCGAAGCCUGGGCUUUCCGUCCGUCCUUCCCUGACACGUGGAUCUCCGAAGCCUUCGCACGUGACACCGACGCUCUCACCAAGGCCCUCCAGAAAUCCCUCUCCAGAGAAACCGACCCGACCGGGCCCACCAUCCUCAUCCCCUCCCCCACCUACCCAAUCAAGCCCGAACCGGCCGGUUCAGCCCAAGCCUCCGGCUCAGACCCGGAGACGGCAUCCAAGCGGACCCGAAACCCGGUACCAUCUUCAUCCGGGAAAAUCACGAAGCGGAAAUCCCGCGCCACCAAACGCUCCCCAACCACCUUCAUCACUGCCGACCCUUCCAACUUCCGCCAGAUGGUGCAGCAGGUGACCGGGACCCGGUUCGGCAACCCACACGUGGCAGUCCCGCCGGUUCUUAAGCCCGAGCCGCAGCGGCUCGGGACCCGGGUCCCCCCUGGCUGCCUUCCGACGCUCGACACGUCGGCUUUUUUGCUGGACCACCACCAGCAGGUGGUGGGGCCCGCUCCUCAGGCGGCUGCUCAGGUCUCAUUUACGCCGGUGGCGGACUGCGCCGGUUUGGAUUUCGAGGCGUUUCCCAGCUUCCCGACGCUUGAGUCGUGGCGGGUUAUGUAACUUUGGGGGUUUUGUGGGGUUUUUUUUGUUAGAAGGGUAUUUGUGUAAUUUCCUCAGUUGUAGUGAAUAUGGGGGCUGUUUAUAUGGUUUUUCAGGAAAUUUCUCUGUUUAGUUGUGAAA